GACUUCCUGUGUACCCGUUGAAGGCAGCUGCCCCCUAAUGAUUCCAGGCGAGGCCUAGUUCAGCUCGAACGAACCUAUUGGUGGACUUGUUUCACCAGUCGGUUUGCUAUUGGUGUAUGGAACUGUCAAUCACAAUUCCCUCCUACCUUACAAGCUAGGAUAACAAGCAGAAAUAUGUUUACUACUAAAAGGAAGCGGUGAUGUUUCGGAGGCAAGCGAUACUUCCGAGAACCGAUUGUCUUGAGACAAACAAUUAGGUAAUGUUAGCACUUUAUUGAAUUUACCCAUGUCGCUGUUGAGCAGAAUAUAGUUUAACGUUUUGAAUGAAUAGACCUCGUUAUCAUUCAGGACCAUAUGUUGAGAAAACCGAGCGGAGAAAAGAAAAAAGAAACCACCCGGACCCGGAGGACGAAGCUCUAGCUAAUAGUACGUUACCUCACAGCUGUGGUGCCAGGAGUGAUAUACACACUCAAAGUGACAAAGCCAACGAACAGGACACAGAGCAGAGGAUAAUCUGUCAGAGGCUAACCGUGUCAAUCUCUUGGCGUCGAGAAGAAGAUAAUUGAGUUGCCUUGGUGCGACAAUUACACCCAACUACAGCGACGUUGGCCAACACUGUCUCCUGAAAACGGGAAGGAAAACAAAACGAGCGUCCACCGCCUUCAAGCGUUUUGAGGAUGAACCACUUGUCCCUCAGCGAGCUAUGUUGCCUGUUCUGCUGUCCACCGUGCCCCAGCAAGAUUGCCUCUAAACUGGCCUUCCUGCCUCCAGAGCCCACCUACAGCCUCAUGUCUGAUGACAGUGGCAGCCGUUGGACGCUGCACCUCUCCGAGCGCGCUGACUGGCAGUACUCGACCCGUGAGAAGGACGCCAUUGAGUGUUUCAUGACUCGCACAACAAGAGGGAACCGCAUUGCCUGUAUGUUUGUCCGCUGCUCACCAAGUGCUCGAUAUACUCUAUUAUUCUCCCAUGGAAACGCAGUGGACUUGGGCCAGAUGAGCAGCUUCUACAUUGGCCUGGGUUCACGGAUCAACUGCAACGUCUUCUCCUACGACUACUCGGGUUACGGGGCGAGUUCUGGAAAACCCUCUGAGAAGAAUCUGUACGCUGAUGUAGAUGCUGCCUGGCAGGCACUCCGGUCACGGUAUGGCAUCCGUCCAGAGAACGUGAUCGUGUACGGCCAGAGCAUCGGCACCGUGCCCUCUGUGGACCUGGCUUCUCGCUAUGAGAGUGCUGCAGUCAUCCUCCACUCCCCGCUCACCUCUGGCAUGAGAGUGGCCUUCCCCGACACCAAGAAGACCUACUGCUUUGACGCCUUUCCAAACAUCGACAAGAUUUCGAAGGUAACGUCACCAGUACUCGUGAUCCACGGUACGGAGGACGAGGUCAUCGACUUCUCCCACGGCCUGGCUCUGUAUGAACGCUGUCAGCGCCCCGUGGAGCCACUCUGGGUAGAGGGGGCUGGACACAAUGACGUAGAGCUCUAUGGACAAUACCUGGAGAGGCUCAAACAGUUUGUUGCACAUGAGCUGGUCAACUUGUAGAGGGGAGAAGAAAAGAAGGGGGUUGGGUGAUGGAGAAGGGGUACAACAUUUCCUCUCUUUUUUUGUUUGUUCUUCUUUUCUUAAAGUGAUGCAAGUAAAAGUUUUUUGUCUGUGCAGUACUGAAGUUUUGAUGGCAGUCUCUUCAUCGAGACCCUCUUCCCCUUGGAGCUCCAGUUUGCCUGUCGGUACCGUCAACUACACAUGCUGCAGCUGUGAACUUACACGUACCCACCAUUUAGUUUUGCUUUUAGAUACAUUUUUUUUUUGUAUUCUGUUGAAAAUUGCACAUUGAGAACGUGCGUGAAUGAAAGACGUAGACUUAUGCACAUACAAUAUACCAUAUGUGUACGCAGUAUGUGAGAGUGUGUAUGUGUUACAUGUUUGCUGCCUUUUGAGAAGGACGUGGUCCACUUUUUUUGAAGCAGAGGUUCUUGAGGCUUUCAAGGUUCUGAAUAACAGCCUUGCUGCAAACUGGACUUGAUCAGAAGUGGACCAGACUCUCUCUAAUCCAAUCCUAACUCCAUUUGAGGUCAGGUUCAGUCUUGCACUCUGCAGUCACCAUGAAUUUCUUUUUUUUGAUUACUUUAUUAUUUUUAUAUUAUACAUGGUAUUUUGCACGUAUCAGCUGUCACUGGAGAACUGUACAAGACAAACUGAUACUAUCUAGCUGGGCCAGUGGUGCCAAAUACUUAGUAUCUCAUAUAGAGAGUUGGUCCGACAAAGAACUUUGUACAAAAUACAUUAAGAAUCAGCUCUGUAAGCACUAUUCAGUCUCUACUUCUCCAUUUAGUCUUAAACAAAGUACAGUUUCAUGCAAUUCUACAGUCAAGAAUAUGACUCAAGAUGGAGCUCAGUCUGCAGCUCAUGUCGUUCGUAUUGACCAAUAAAGUGUGGUUUACUUCCUCACAAGUAUCACUACGCUGUCGUCGAUGAGCUGGAUGUUGUCAGAACAACGGAAAAUAAAUGGGUAGUUUUAAUGGACAAAAUAUCUGACACCAUUUGGAAAUGACAAAAUAUUCGCCUUGAUAAAGGAACUAUUAUGAAAACCAGUUUUGUCUGUCCGUAAGUUAUACAAUGUAUGCAGUUAUUACAGAUCUUGUGUACCCAUAUCAGAUCUUUCUAGAACUUGUUUUGAUAACAACUAUGUUGACUACUGUGACAGCAGCUAAAAGUCUGUGCUCUGAUCAAGACUUAAACCACUAAUGCCAAUCGAGACUGAAUGGUGAACGUAUCAACACAGCUGGUGUUGAUUCCUUUUCAAUUCAGGAAGUUGUUUAACAUGAAAAUGUUGUGUUUCAAGUUAUUGAGACGCAUUUAUAUAAUUUGAGCUUAAAAUGAAUGGAGAAAAGCUUACAUCGGCACAAGUGGCUCAGCAUUUAAGCCCUCCAGAAUGACGAUCUUUUGUUUUUGUCUUAACUUUAUCUUGUCUGCAUGGUAUUUCUGGAUCCAUUGCUCUCUGUUAAUUUGAACCAGCUGAUGACUCAUUGAGGCCCUGAAAAGCAGAUGUUAAAAUACUACUUCAUGCAUGAAUUGUUUAGUUUUCUGUCGUUUUGGAUUUUUAUAACAAACUUAGAAUUGCAUUAUAAAUCUCAAUGACUCAUUUUUAUUAUUGGUGUUUUUGAUGCCUGUGUUCACAAAAGGGGUCAAAUACUGGUAAGAGACAAUUAACCAAUAUGUAAAUGGGUGCUACUGUAAACCUUCAGGUCUGAUUACUUUCAGGUUGAGAGGAAGUUUGAUGUUUGUCGAUUGACCAAGAUCCAGAUGAGGACUGGUAACUGUUGUUUGUUAUGAAAACUACUUCUUUUCACAACUCAUUUGUCCCAUAAACAAGAUUAUGCUUUCUUUUAUUUUCACUUUGUAAAUAAUAUUUGGCCUGGACAUGUCAUUCUUCUAUCUUUCGCAAGCUUUUGUCAGUUGUCCUCAUUUUACUUCUCUAACUCUUGAUAUGACAACUGUUUGACCACGGUAGGCCAUAAUUUUUGCUCUCGGAGGAUCUUUGUACUAGUCACUUUGACUAAUGUCAUCUCUGAUUUGAUUAGAUUCAUUUUGUAUAUCAUAUUUCAAUACAGAAGGAACUUAUAUGUUAUAACAAUGUUAAUAAAGUAAUUCUAACAUGGAUAGAGCAAAUAAAAUGGUAUUUACGAAGCAA